AUGACUUUAAAUUUUAUUACAGAUACCGAUUCAUCAGAAUCUAGUUCAGAUGGCGAAGAAACUUCAGAUCAUUCAAGUUUUAACGAAGAAGGCAGUUUGGAGGAAGAUGAAGUUAUUGACAUUAAUGAACAACCAGUAUUUGAUAGCUCUAAAGAAAUAGAUUACAACAUUAAAUACAAGCAAGCAUUUGAGGAAGUUAUCAUUUCAAAUGAUGUCUAUAUUUUGAAUUUGGAUGCACACAAAAUUGGACAAUCACUAAGAAUAGCAACAGCACUCUCCAACUUUACUUGUAAUAUCUAUGAUAUUGAUGCUGGAUGUAAGUCAAUUAGAGUAUCCUUGGAGCAUGAAAAAAAAAUUGUUGAUGUCAAAUUUGGUUCAAGCAAUACUCAGUUAUCUUCCAUUGUGUACACAGGGUCUGAAGACGGAACUAUUAAACUUUGGGAUUUGCGUAUAAAAGAAAAAUGUGUUUCUGUUUUCAAAGAUGAUACUGAUGCUGAACUGAAACCAUUGUCAUGUUUUGAUGUAUCUUGUGAUGGAAGAUUCUUAGUCGCCGGAACAGAAGUGUUUAAAGAUGAUGCUUUCUUAUUAUUUUGGGAUAUUCGUACAACUAAUCUACUUGGUGGUUAUUGGGAUACUCACCAAGAAGACAUUACACAGGUGAAAUUUCAUCCCACUGAAGACAAAACUGUAAUUAGUGGAUCGACUGAUGGUAUUAUAAACUUAUUUGAUGUUACUCAAACCACUGAGCAAGAUGCUUUUCAAUCAAGUUUUAAUACAAAAUCAUCUGUUGCAAAUUUAAGAUGGUUUAAAAAUAAAAAUGAGGAUUCAAUCAUAUCUUGUGUUACACACACAGAGGAUGUACAAUUAUGGCACACAACAGAUUCUUCUCCGUAUAGUAUUAUUCCCAGGGACACAAUUAGUAGUUCAAUGAAUGUAAAACCUGAUUUAUUUAGUCAAAUAAUCAAUUGUCAUCAAACAGAUAAAAAUGGAAAUAUUAUGUUGUUAGUUGGAAAUGAUAAUAGCAGAGGAGAACAUUUACAGUCACUUAAUAUAAUAAAUGAUGGUCCCGAAUUGUCACCUAGGAGUUUAUUCAAAGAUAACAAACAAAUUGUGAGAUGCAGUUGGUAUGAUUAUAAUCAUGGUAUAAUGGUUACUGGUGGUGAAGCUGGUAUACUAAAUGUGUGGGUUCCAAGUGAUGAUGAAAUAUUCAGUUGA